CCUUUGCACUGUAGAAGAAAUACGAUCAUAGCAGACAACAGGGAAUGAACAAACGGAAACACGCUGUGUAAACACACUCCGAAAAAUCAAACGAGUAGUAACGGGGAUGGGACUUCUAAGCGUCGACCAUUAAAGCUAUAAGUCUCGGAGAAAAAAAAUAGUUCUAAAAAUCUUGUGACGCAUGUGGACCGACUUCAGUGGCUGUUAUGCUGUGUAUUUUUUGACUGUCGCUUCUGCGUGUGUUGAAUGUUACGAGAGUAUCACUGCCGCUGUAUCUCUGUAGCAGAGGGAGGGAGCGAGAACUAGGCUGGACUGGGAGAAAGUAAAGAGGGAACGUUAUUACGUGUUUUCCGCUGAAGAAGGAGGAAAAGGGGGAGGCAAAAAUAUGCAUUUCAUGUCUUGAAUCGGGAGGAUGCAAACAGCUUGGUUAAUUCGAAGGUUUAAAAAACGUACAUGGAAGCGAGGGGGCAGCUGACAGCAAAUGAAACGAAGGGGAGAAUUGAGGAGAUAAGGUGUUUUCUCGGUCCCUAGCAGGCGGAUACAAAUUGCCGAUUUGCAUCCUUAUCUAUGUUUUCUGGUUCUUCUUGACAUACUGUACCUGGUAUGAGCUCACGCCGUGUUUGUAACACUUAAUAGAAAAAGAAGAAAGGGAUGCUGGGGAAAUCACUUUCUUAAAUCCAGUAUUACAGACUGUUAAUUUGAAGGUUCUUUUGGAUACUAUCAAGGAAGCUUUGUUUUAUGCAAGUAUUUUUAACCUUCAAAUGAGAAUUUAAGGGCCGCAUGCGUCUACCUGAUUAAAUGCAUCUUUUAAACGAGAAGUGCUGUUUAUAGUUAAACAGCAGCUAAUAAUUCUAACCAUAACUCCAAUGUAAGUCUUCGAGUGUAUAUAUGAAUACACCAUUUAUGGGACAAGCAGUGCUUACUUUGCCUUUAAAAUUAAUUAUUGGAAAUCGUCAUAAUUUCUGUGGUUUUGUACUCAAACUGAGUGAGAUUAAUUGGACUGGGAGAAAGUGGUGAUGCUUCGCAAGGAAGAGACUGGAACCCAACAGUCGGUUUCUCAUGGGGACAUUUGUGCACAAACAAAACUACGUAUACCGAAGGAUCAAUACUUCUAUUUUUUAUGUCUCGUUCAAAUGGAAUUUCGUAUUACACUGACGAAUAAACGCCUCGUUUCUGUCUGAUCGUUUCUUUACGUUAUCUUCUGGAACAGGUAUGGAUGCAUUACUUCCAUGUUACUGUAUUGCAAGACUUUGCCAUGGAAACCAAUGCAACCUCUGCGGCUUCAGAAAAUGACUUCGUGGGGGAUAUGUCAAAAUACCUAAUAUUUUAAGUCAUUACACAUCAAUCUGAUCUGUAGCUGGCGGAUGUACCUCACAGAAGCGAUCAUUUUAAGAAGAAUGGAUUAUCUUGCUCAUUGAAAAAUAGAACUAAAGGAGGAAAUAAUUGAUCUCAAAUAUAAAAUCUAUGUUGCGUUUUCUACGCAGGUUUUCUUAGACUGUUUUUUCGAAUGAAGACUACGGAUACAGUAGAGAGGAAACAAAGCACUGUAAAUUUGUACUAAUGUGUAAAAUACAAAGAUUUUCAUCAAUCACAGAGACAUUUUUUUGUGAUUGUGGGAAUAUCCUGUUUAAAAAGGUAUCUUAUUUUUCGAUAGAUAUUAAUAGAAAAGUUAAACUGACGUUAAACGUCUAACCUGAAAUAGUUUUGAUAUGAAGAAAAGCGGUUUGAUUAGUGUACAUUGAUUUUAAUGUGGAUACCUGCAUGAAAUGUAAGAAAGUGUAAUUAAAUAACUGCAUAUUGUUAACAUGAUUUGCUGCUGUUAAACUGAAGGUUAAAUUAUCUUUGAAGCAAAAGCUUAUUUUGUUUUGCACUGGAUGCAAGAAAACAACAAAAAAAAGUAAAUGUGCUUUGUAAGCAUAGGUUUGAAAAACAAAAUGGAUGUUUCAAGAAUAACUGAAUAUCACUAGGAAGUGUUUUUUUUAGAAAAAGCCAGGUUCAGUUAGGUUCCAAAAUGCCACGCAACCGGGCAUUCUCAGAACCUGAGUAUUCUGCAGAAUAUUCUGCAGAUUACUCAGUGAGCCUACCUUCAGACCCUGAGCAUGGAGUAGGCCGAACACACGAGGUGACAGUCCGCAACUCUGGCUGCUGCCUGUGCCUGCCUCGAUUCAUGAGACUCACCUUUGCUCCAGAGUCCCUCGAGAACCUUUACCAGACCUACUUCCGCCGACAGCGUCAUGAAACCUUGCUGGUGCUGGUGGUGUUUGCUGCGCUUUUUGACUGCUAUGUCAUUGUGAUGUGCACAGUGGUCUACACCAGUGACAAGCUGGCCUCCACUUUGGUGGCUAUCAUCGGACUGGCUGCCCACAUCCUGCUCUAUGUGCUGUGCAAAUAUGGGCUGCUUCCUGAUCGUAUAUCACGCAAAGUUGUCCCCUAUGCUCUCUGGGUCCUGAUUGCUGCACAGAUAUUCUCCUACUUGGGCCUGAACUUUGCUCACUACCACCAGGCCAGUGACACUGUUGGCUGGCAGGCCUUCUUUGUCUUCUCCUUCUUCCUCACACUGCCCCUGCGCCUCAUGCCCAUUGUCCUCAUCACUGCUGUUUCCUGUGGCAUCCAUACCCUGGUGCUGGGGGUGACCAUUGCUCAACAGGAACAGGAGGCCAUUGAAGGGAUAGCCCUUGUCCGGCAGUUGUUGGCAAACAUUGCCAUCUACCUGUGUGCCAUCACGGUGGGGAUCAUGUCCUAUUAUAUGGCAGACCGAAAGCAUCGCAAGGCUUUCCUGGAGGCGCGACAGUCCCUGGAGGUUAAGCUAAACUUGGAGGAGCAGAGUCAGCAGCAGGAGCGCCUUCUGCUGUCCAUUCUACCAAAGCAUAUUGCCGAUGAGAUGCUCAAGGAUAUGAAGAAAGAAGCUAGCCAGAAAGAGAUGCAACAGUUUAACACUAUGUACAUGUAUCGCCAUGAAAAUGUCAGUAUCCUGUUUGCUGAUAUUGUGGGCUUCACACAGCUAUCCUCAUCUUGCAGUGCCCAGGAGUUGGUUAAACUGUUGAAUGAAUUGUUUGCUCGUUUUGACAAACUAGCUGCUAAAUACCACCAACUGCGAAUAAAGAUCUUAGGGGAUUGCUAUUAUUGUAUCUGUGGCCUGCCGGAUUACCGAGAAGACCAUGCAGUCUGCUCUAUUUUGAUGGGGUUAGCCAUGGUGGAAGCCAUAUCGUAUGUGAGAGAGAAGACGAAGACUGAUGUUGACAUGCGGGUUGGAGUGCACACAGGCACUGUGCUAGGUGGGGUUCUUGGGCAGAAGCGCUGGCAAUAUGAUGUCUGGUCUACAGACGUCACUGUGGCAAACAAGAUGGAGGCUGGGGGCAUUCCAGGCCGAGUCCACAUUUCUCAAAGCACUCUGGAGUGCCUGCAUGGCGAGUUUGAAGUGGAGCCAGGAAGGGGUGGGGAGCGUAAUGAAUACCUGAAGGAGAAAGGCAUUGAGACAUACCUAGUGGUUGUACCCAAGAUGCCAUUCAGCAAAAAUGGUAUCAAUGGUGUUAAGCUGUCGCUCACAUCUUCAAACGGCAACUCUCCACUGCUCAUCAACACCAAGGAGUGCAACGGCAGUAUCAACACCACCUGCACCACCCCCGAGGAGCCCGAGGAGCUGGACACUCGGGUAGUGAAUCCUUCAUUCCCUAACCCCCGGCGGAGGCUGCGUCUGCGUGACCUGGCCGAGCGAGUGAUAGAUGCACAACAGAACGAGCAGGAGCUGAACAAGCUUCUGAAUGAAGCCCUGCUGGAGAGAGAAACUGUGCAGGCGCUGAAGGGAAAGCACACAAAUCGUCUCUCCAUGCGCUUUGUGGACCCUGAGAUGGAAACUCGGUUCUCUGUAGAGAAGGAGAAACAGAGUGGUGCUGCCUUUAGCUGCUCCUGUGUGGUGCUUUUCUUCACUGCCAUUGUGGAGGCACUCAUUGACCCGGGACUCAUUGCCAACUAUGUGACAUUCAUUGUUGGAGAGGUGCUGCUCCUCAUUCUCACCAUUUGUUCUUUGGCAGCCAUCUUCCCCCGGAUAUUUCCCAAGAAACUGGUCUCAUUUUCCACCUGGAUAGACCGUACACGCUGGGCCCGAAACACCUGGGCUAUGUCUGCCAUUUUCAUCCUCACCAUGGCGGACAUUGUGGAUAUGCUCAGCUGUCUGCAGCCCCCUCAGUCAUCUCAGAACAACACUGCGAUGGGUGUGACAGCAGGAGGCUGUGUAGACAAUCCUAAGUACUACAGCUACAUUGCAGUGCUGGCUCUGUUGGCCACCACCAUGCUGGUGCAAGUCAGUCACAUGGUGAAGCUUACUCUCAUGUUGCUCAUCACUAUAGCAACUGGCGUGGUUAAUAUUUACAGCUGGAGGGACAUUUUUGACCAGUAUGACCAAAUGCGCUUCAAAACGUACAUGUCCUCCCUUGUUCCCUCAAAAUAUUCCAUGACAGUGAUGAUCUUCAUAAUGAUGCUCAGCUUCUACUACUUUGCCCGUCAUGUGGAGAAGCUGGCUCGCACGCUGUUCCUGUGGAAGAUUGAUGUUCAUGACCAGAAGGAGAAGGUAUACGAGAUGCGUCGCUGGAAUGAAGCUCUUGUAACCAACAUGCUGCCUGAACAUGUGGCUCGUCACUUUCUAGGCUCUAAGAAACGAGACGAGGAGCUCUACAGCCAAUCAUAUGAUGAGAUUGGUGUCAUGUUUGCAUCAAUCCCCAAUUUCUCUGACUUCUACACUGAAGAGAGCAUUAACAAUGGAGGAAUUGAGUGUUUGCGGUUUCUUAAUGAGAUAAUCUCUGAUUUCGACAGUCUCCUCGAUGAACCUCAGUUUCGAUGCAUUACGAAAAUCAAAACCAUUGGCAGCACAUACAUGGCAGCCUCUGGUGUCACUCCAGACAUAAACACCAAUGGAUUCAACAACAGUCUGAAGAAAGAGGAGUUAUCAGACAAGGAGCGAUGGCAGCACCUGGCAGAUCUGGCUGAUUUUGCCCUGGCCAUGAAGGUCACCCUAAUGAACAUCAACUACCAGUCCUUUAACAACUUCAUGCUUCGUAUCGGUUUGAAUAAGGGUGCAGUGCUGGCAGGAGUGAUAGGAGCACGGAAACCUCACUAUGACAUCUGGGGCAACACUGUGAAUGUGGCCAGCCGAAUGGAGUCUACUGGAGUGAUGGGCAACAUUCAGGUUGUGGAGGAUUCCUAUACAAUCCUAAAGGAGUACGGGUUUCGGUUUGUGCGACGUGGGCCUAUCUACGUGAAGGGCAAAGGGGAGCUGCUGACCUUUUUUCUCAAAGGCAGGGAGAAGCAGGGCUCCUUCAUCAAUGGCUCCUCAGUCACCUUGCCACACCAGGUGGUGGACAGUUCAUGACAGAGCCACUAAGCCAUGCAAGACUGAUGGACACCAGGGAUCAAGCCUUAAAGGCAAACUGCAGGACCCACAUCUCUGACUACCUAUAUUCUUUUUUUAAGAAAAGGAAAAUUCUAUUGAAAAUUUAUGAAAAAACUGAGAAACCAGCUGAAAAAUUGAGAUUAGACCUUCUUCACCUUGAAUCAUACACCAGGAUUUCUUUUUUCUCUAUAUAUUUUUUCCUCAUUCAUUCACGGAUGAUAACUCGAAAUCAGACAUACAGUACAGAUGAACCUCAGACAUUCAGAGCCCUCUCGUGACCCAGCUGAUCAAUCACAAAUGUUUUAUUUCUAGAAUGGAAUAAAAAGACUAUCUGGUUUCCUCACAGGACUAGGGCUGCUGUGGAAUUUUUUUGUUGUUUUAAAAGGACGUAGGCAAAUGCUGACUAGUCUGCAGUCCCAGUCACAAUACAUAGCUUUUGGUCAAGGGCAAAAAAAACCUAUUUUCACAUGGAACACUGGAUUAUAUAAACCAGGUCAAGGACUGCUUUCAGCAUUUUCUCCUAGACUCUUUACCAACCGCCUCUGUGUAUUCUCAAAGCCUUAGCAGAAUUGCUAAUUCUUUGUCCCUAAACAUCCUCAUCUUCUUUCCAAUUUAAUUUUAAUAUCAUUCAUUUUUAACACCAAAUGCAUUUAUUUUCUGAAAGUGGUUCUUAGUUCAUAAUUCAGAUUCCAUGAUUUGUUUAGUGGAACAAAGAGAAAACUAGUAUAUUUGCACAAUCCUAGUCCACAUGUAAAAUGUCCGUACGUUCGAUUUUGCUUUAUUGUAAGCCUGGUCAUUCCAUAUUCCAGUAAACAGUGUUAGUUUUCUCUAAGCUGUUUUACUUAAAAUGUAUUAGAUUGCUGGAGUAAACUAGCUAUUUUUUGGUCAAUAAUAAUUGAAAGCCUUUCUAUUGCAUCUGACUAUUGCCAUGACUGAUAUAGCUUUUUCUAGACAAAAACAUCCCUGCUGCUGUCUUUCCUACCUGGCUGCUUAUUUUCUUCAUAUUUCCUAGGCCCAGUUAAACCUCUUUCACUUGUAAGAACUGGCUGGCAUCCCAUUCAAGCCCCAGACCUUGUUUCUUGUAAUUGUUCUCUUGCAGUUUAUUCUUCUCUAGGAGUGACUGAAAGUGGGAUAUUGUAAUCUCCUGGUCUCCCUCAGUACAAAAAUGUCUCCGCUUAUGCUACAUUUUCUAUACCAACUAUACAGUACAUCCUCUUUUUAUGCAAGCAGUAAAACUAUGAAAAACAGGAGGGAUUCAGGACCAAUGCAGAGUAUGAACAACUAAAUCUUGCAUAAAAUUAAAUCAAUCAUUAUGUAAAUCAGGUUCCAGUUUACUGAAUUAUUAUCAGUUUUGACUAGAAAGACAAUGUAGAAAAGAACAUUUAUUUUGGGAAAGCUCCUACUUUGAUCAAAGACAAAUUUAAAAAUAUAGUAAUUCUUUUCUACAAAUCUGAGGUUGCAAUAUCAAAACAAGGGGCCAAAUAUUCAAGAGCUGUGAUUAUUACAAGAUUUUAGAUUUUUUUAUGUUCUUUACAGGUUAACCUUUGGAAAGGUGGAAAAUGUUUCAAAUAUGAAUUGCAGUUGGAAAGUAUUUACAAAUCCUUUGAUUUUUUAAAAUGUUUUUUUUUUUAAUUCAUACUCAAUUCAUUUCAUAUGUUUGAAGCAUUUUGUUUUCCAAGCAUUAUUUAAAGACCUUGACUAAGUGGGUAACUGUUUACGAUAGGAGUACAAAUGUUUUGGCAACAAGAGAGAAAAAGAAUUAUAACUGGCAAAACAAAAUGUUCAGAUAGGGAAAUGGGCUUUGUAUAACAUUCCUUCAAAGUGCACAAGAGCUGAGUAUAAAUUUGAAAAAAAUAGCAUGUAGAAAACACAGCAAUAUUUUAACAUACUUUACUUUAGGCAUUAUAAAUCUGAUGUCCUGCUGCAGCAUUGCUUAUCAGUUAUGAAAAUAACACCUUCAGUUAACAUAACAGCUGAAUAUUUGUCUUUUUUUUGUUACUGACAGCCAAUGUGAAGUUUAACAGAAUCUGAUUUUUUUCUGCUGCAGCAUGUUUUUUUCGUAGCUCUUUAGAAUUGUGCACUAGACAUUAGAGCUGUGGCUUCUAGAACUUUGCGUAUGCCCAAUAUUAUAUGCCAGGUUCCUAAUGUGAUGCUAAAAUAUUCCAGGAUAUGAUGUAACUCGUAUAAAAUAUGGGCACGGAGAACUGAUUAGAGCUCUUGACAAGAGGCUUGUAGGAUCUUAGGUGGGACACUGCUGCUGUUCCCUUGAGCAAAACACUUGACUCAGGUUGCCCCAUUAAGUACCCUGGUAUAUAAAUUGAUCUCCAGAUCCUAGUCAUAAAUGAAACUGUCUUCUCAAGUAAUGUUUAUGGGUAAGUAAAGAAUUAAAUAAACCCUUUUUUUUUUCAAAAUAUGCCCUGGCUAACAUAACCACAAAUCAGCUGCAUUUAACUGGUCAACUUACAAGAUACGUAAAUCAGUCCAACAUCCACAUUUCGAGAGCUACCCACUCUUCUCUCCCAUUGCAUUACUAUGCAUCUCCAUAAACUGUUUUUAUUUUGAAAUGCUUUAUAUUGAUAAUUUGAUGGCUAAUUGAUUUCACAUAGCAUACUGUAUGUAUUGAGUCUGAAACACAGUCAUUGGAAUCUUAACUCACCAAUUGGUUACAAUCUGAUUUACAAUAUUAGUAUUAGGGAUGCAUUGAUGGGCUGAAAUGCAGUCCCUAUUAGGUGAACAAAAACAAUUGUUGCCUUUAGCAGAUAGAGAACAUUCUCACACACACCCCAUACUUUAACUUAAUUUACGUAAUUUGCAUUUUGUCUCCCUCUCCCUGUUCGAAAAUAUGAAAGUCCUAAAUGCUGACUGAGGCAAUACAAUUUGGCAUAACAAGUACAAAUGUUGCAAAUGAUUUGAUGUUUUGCUUGUAAAUCCAGACGGUAAUUUCUCAGAUGUGGAAAUCUGAGCUGACAGUUUCAUUUACAGUUGUGCACCUUAUAGAGUUGCAGGCAUAAGUAUUGUUACCCUCUGUAAGUUUGUCAGGUUGAGUCAGUGUCCAGAUAACUUUGAAAAUAUACAAAGAAUGAAUAAAUAUAGUGAUAACAAACAUUUAUUAAACUAAACAUAUUAGUAUGAAAAUUUCAAAAUUUGCUUUUUAACACCAUUUAUUUAAGAUAAGAUAAGAUGUUAUUGUCCCCUGGGGGAAAUUCUUUUAUGGACACCCAGCAGUCCAUAUUUAGACGGUAGUUGAGAAUUGUUUUGGUUCAAAUCCAUUCAGAUUUUAAAACUUUUUUUUAACAUUUAUUCUUCCCAGAACCGCAAAUCAGCACUAAUUUUUAUCAUCAAGCAAAAAUUAAGUCUGCAGGAUCUUUGAAUAUCUGGCCCAUUGUUAUGUGUGCUAAACCAAUGUUUUAAACAGUAGAAUAUGAAAUAGACUCCAGAAUAAAAUGACAUUUGUGACACAUAUUGGUCAUGCGGAAAUAAACAAGGGGUUCUUAAGUGUCUUGUGCUUAAUAAU